GUCCCCGUUGAAGCCAUUCAGUUGCCACUUAGAACAGUGCCAAGUCCAGAACUGAUGGAUGGAUCAUCCAUCAUCAUAUAGGAAGUGACACUGACGUCUUUCACUAUGCCCACCAAAUCCAGGAAAUCAAGAUCCCACAGUUCUAGGCCCGCCAAGAAGAGUGGGAGUCCAAAAACACCCAAAAAGAGGUCUUCCAGUGCCAAAUCCAGUAAGAAAGAGGUUGACAUCCUCAGCCCAGCAGCCAUGGAGAAUGUCUACUACAUUUCACACAAUGCAGUGGACUGUUUGGAGUUCAGAGGCUUUGGGUGGCCAAAUUCAAAGAAUAAGAAGAAGAAAAAGAAGGGAAGAAAGCGGAAGAAGAAAAAGUAGAUCACAUUUUGCCAAAGCUAAGAUACUUUUUUUUUAAUACAUUAGGAUGAAUGGGACAGUAAAAUUUAAUGCCUUGCUUGUGGCUCCCUCUGGUGGACAGAUUUGUGACAGCACAAGUAAAACACUUCUUGUACUAGUGCAAUGCAGCAAUAUAGAUAUUGUUUUUGAUUCCACAAAUUCAUACAGUACUGUUAAGCAAAUGUGUGCCAGUAAAUCAUUACAUAACUCAUGAGACAAAGACUUUGAAAUUCAUCAUCAGCAACUUUAUUGGAAGCUGAGUGUUUCAGAAUUGUAUAUGUAUGCACCAAUAUCAUAAAAAGUUUGGCAGUUGUUAUUGACAAUUAGGAUGCUUGUGAGGGAAAG